AUGUACGAUCAAAAUUGUGGAACAACAUUAGUUUCUCAAUUACUUGACUCUAUCAAUGAUCGCUUAAAAACUGUUCAUUCACCAAUGGAACAACAAGUGCAAAAUCAAUUACCUGAAUAUGAAAUGUCUGUAGAUAAUCCAGAUGAUGAUGAACUUUGGCUUAGUGGUCAUCGGUCAAUAUUUUCUUCAUAUGGCAGUUAUUGUCGCAAAACAGCACCACCACUGCGCGAUAGUCAAUAUGAAGGUUUUCAUUGGGAUUUAUAUGAAGAUCGUAAUUAUCAUCAUCUUGCUUUUGAACAUGAACAUCAUGAUGCUCCGCCCACAUGUCAAGCAGCAAGUCUUUCGGAAUGGUCUAUGCGUUUAAGUUCAGGUGGCAUCGGUGGAGGCGGUGAUACAGAAGAUGAUGCCGAUGUUGAAGGUGAUGAUACAACAUCAUCAUCUGAUCCUCCACGUACAUCAUGGCAUGCAAUUAAAUCUAAAUCGGCACAUCAAAGUUGUUGUUCAUCAUCAGCACAUACAUCUGACGGUAGCGAACAUCGAUCACGUAGUCCACUAACAUUAUAUCGUUUAUUUCAACGAACAAGAUCUCAACAACAUCCGUGUCGUCUAUAUCAAAACUUUAGUGAUAAAAGUAUGUGUGAUUCAUUGACAUCAUCAUCAUCAUGUUCAAAUUUAAAUAAAUUCAAUGAAUCAGCAAAAAACGAACAUAAAAUACCAAUGCCAAGAUUUAAAUUAAAAAGUCCAACAACUUUUUCGCAAUUGAAACUAAACAAAUCCAGUAGUCACAAUGAUUUUCACUCGUCUAUAGAACAGUUAUCAACGGAAAGUAAAGAACAACAAUUCAAGGCUUCUAAUCAAACCACUAUUCCUCGUCGAAGUGUUGAUCAAUGCCUUCAAACAUCUCUACAUAUUGAAAAUACAUCUUCAUUGCAAUCACAAUCGACACGUCGAUAUAUCCCGCGUUCGACUUCCCGCCCUCUCGAUUCGGAUAAUCAUUGUUUACAAACAGACAUUGUAUCAGUGACACGUUCGAAAAGUGUCGAUCGUUCAUUAAGUAGUGAGACGAAAAAUUCGAAUUCAAACAAUCCUAGUCAAACAUCAACGUUUCCAUCUCCAACCGCUUACCGAUCAUUGCCAACAAUUUUAUCUUUACCUGAUCUUAGUUUUCUUACAUAUUAUGCAAAAGAAAAUCCGGCUCCACCACCGCCAACACCAUCAUCAUCAUCAUCGAUAUCAACGAAUCAAACAAAACAGUUUUGUUCACGAAUGAAAAGCGCACUAUCUGAACCAUCAUCAUUAACUAAAAAAGCAACACGUACUGUAUUCUAUUGUAGUAUUAAAGUGCCAUCUGUAUCAUCUAAUCCUAUGCGGCCUACAACACUUCAUCCACCGAUGUCAACUAUGCAAAGACCACGCACACUUAAAGAAAUUAAACGUAUUAAAAGUAUUAAAACGAGUCCAACAACAAUGGGCAAUAUGCCACUACGCACAAUGCCAAUGAGUCCAUCUGCUCAAACAAAUCAUGUUGAUCAUCACAUAAAAGAAGAAGAAAAUGCGACGUUUUCAUUGACAUGUUCAAGUACAUCAACAAGUGCAAAUAGUACGUCAAGUAGCGGUUAUUGCAGUAAUAGUUCAACAAAUCACCCACGUCAAAUUCAAACACCCACAUCAUCGUAUCCACUUAAAUCAUGUUUGAAACGAGCUAAAACGGAAGAUUUAACAAGUACACCAUUAACACCUGCUUCAACAGUACAAACAACAACUGCUAAUGUUCUAGCUGUUGGAACUGCUGGUGAUAUAUUUACAUUAGCUGCACGAACAUUAGCCGCUUGUCUUGCUGAUCAUAGUAUAGAAACAUCAAGACAUCGACGUUAUUCAGCACCAAGUCUAUCGUCACAUCAAAGUAACUUUUCCAUACAAUUACAAACGCGCCAAAAAGGAUGUACAUUAUCUGAACAUGAUUUACGGGCGAAAAAAAGUGUUAGUUUUUGUGAUGAUAUUGCACGAAGGCUUAUUACACCAUCAGCCAGUCCUAAACAUCGGCCAACACCACCACCUUCAGCAUCAUUUAGAUAUGAUCGAGGCUAUUGGGAUCUAGUACCACGAGAAAGUUUAACAGAUAGUCCACCGAGUGAAUUUAAUUUAUCUGAAGAUGAACAUGAGGAUUCCAAUGAACCCAAUUUAAUAAAUUUUAUUGAAAAUGCACCAGUAGAAAUAACAAAACCAUUACCAGUCAAAUAUGGUAGUGAUAAAUAUCUUAUUGAUGCCUUUUCAAAUACAGUUCUUCAUAUUUUGGAAAUAAAAUGCAGCGAUCCUCAAUCUUAUUAUUUAAAUAAUCUAACUAAUCGUGAACUUGAUCGAACGCUUCGUCUAGAUCUAUGUCCUUUAUUACGCGAAGUACUUGAAGAUGGCCUUCGACAGUAUGGCGGUUCUUUAUUUUCAAAAAAAAUUAAUCUAUGGCGUUUAAUCGAUUUUACAACACCUAAAACGGGUCGUGUUAAUGACGCAAAAGCUAAAGCCCAGUUAGGAUUAUCAUCUACUGUUGACUGGGUAGAAAAAUUUAAUGCAUUUAUUUAUCAUUUGCUUAACCUUCAUGAGCUUGCUGCCUGGUUGGCGCAUUUUUUAUCACACCGUGCAAUGCUUACUGCAUAUUACGAAUCAUGGGCAUUUAUACUUGUACAUGUAGAUAAUGAUCUAUUUGAACGUAUUACAAAUCAAUUAGAAAAAUUAUCACCUUUGCCAUUCCGACUUAAAUAUACUCAUUCAUCAAAUGCAAUUACACCCACAAAAACAACAACAACAACAACAACGACGACGACAAAUCAACGACCUUCUUCAUUAUUACCCAAACGAUUUAAUGUUCGAGCGUGGUUACGCGAUCGUAAAACUCAAGUAAAAAUUUCAUCAAAAGAACCCGUUGCUUCAUCUUCACCUUCUACAUCGUCAAGAAGCAAAUCACCUUCAUUGCCUACUACUCCAUCACAAAAAUCAAUAUCUUCUGUAUCAACAAAAUCAUCCACAACAGUACCGUUAGUACAACCAUCAGCACCACCGAAUAUUUCCCUACGACGUAAACUUGGCUCUAUUCCAGUACCCAAACGACAACAAACAGUGCGUUAA